CCUCUGCACUAUGAGACAGUUAUGAAUAGAGGUUCCUGUGUUCAGAUGGUGACUGCAUCAUGGUUUAGUGGUUGUGUCUAUGGAUCCAUUCAUGUAGCAGGUAUAUUCUCUGUGAAUUUCUGUGGGCCCAACUCAGUUCUUCAGUUUUUCUGUGAUAUUCCAUCAUUACUUACACUUUCCUGUUCUGGGGACAUUUUAGAAUAUGCAUUUAUCAUUGCUAGCUGCUGUUUUGCUUUUGUAUGUUUUACCCUAAUGGUUGUGUCCUAUAUUUACAUUUUCUCAGCUGUCUUAAGGAUUCCAUCAACUCAAGGCAGGUUCAAAACUUUCUCCACCUGCAUGCCUCACCUCUGUGUGGUGACUUUGUUUCUGUCUUCAGGAUUUAUUGCAUACUUAGGUUCAGCGUCUAAAUCCCCAUCAUCAUUGAACCUCUUUAUGUCUGUUUUAUACUCCCUGUUACCUCCCACUCUGAAUCCUGUCAUUUAUAGUCUGAGAAACAAGGACAUGAAAGUU